CAGUCCCUCAAGACGUCGUAUUGACCUCCAUGACAAACGUCCACUUGAUCGACGCCUAAAUGUUUACUGGAAGGGGGACAAGAAUAUUGAAACUGAAAAUUUAAAAGGUACAUGGCGUACCCGUGUCCCUCCGAGAAGGCGUGUUUACAUGAUUUCGGACAGCCCUUUGAGUAAAACCUGUCACUCGGAAGUCUAGCGCUCAGCGGAUUAAAAACGAAAGUCAGUAGGACAAUCAUAGGGCACAUGAGUUUGGUAGAACAAGCAUCAGGGAGGAGAGACAAAAAGAGCCCAUUUUACACAUCUUAUUUAGGUCACAACUGGAUUGGCUCCUUUUUGGUGUUCCUUCGUGCGCUCUAAAGAGAAAGUAUAUAUAUUUUUUCUAUUACAUUUGAUUAAUUGCGUGUGUUAAGCGGUGCGGUGACGCGAUGAGUCAAUGGAAACAGAUCCAGCAGCUCGAGGUCGGUCUCCUGGAGCACGUGGACUACCUGUACAAUGACAACUUCCCCAUGGACGUCCGACAGGGUCUAGCAGACUGGAUCGAGGGUCAGGAUUGGGAGACAGCAGAGCGCAAUGAGUCUAUGGCAGCAAUGCUGUUCACCAACCUGCUGGGACAGCUGGAGAGAAGCUGUGCCCAGGAGCCCAACUUCCUUCAGAGACACAACCUGAAGAUCAUCCACCAACAGCUACAGAUGAAGUACAACACCAACCCGGGGCUGAUCGCCCGCGUGAUCUCCAACUGCCUACGAGAGGAGCGUCGCAUCUUGUCCUCCGCAUGCAUGCAGCAACAGGGUCCCCUGGAGAACUCCAUGCCAAACUCUGUGACUCUGGAGAAGCAGAAGAACAUGGACAACCGGGUCGCCAUCAUCAGAAGCAGUGUCCAGCUGAUGGACCAGGCUGUGAAGUAUAUCGAAGACAUGCAGGAUGAGUUCGACUUGCGCUACAAAACCUUACAGUCUCGAGAUCCAGCAGAGAAGACGACCGAGAGGAUGAAAGAAGAAGUGAUCAGACUACAGGAAAUGCUAAACAGACUGGAUUUCAAAAGGAAGGAGAUCCUGUCCAAGAUGGGUGAUGUCAUCAAGGAGGUAGACUCCCUGGUGACGUGUGAUCUCCACCCAGAGCUGCUGGAGUGGAGACGCAGGCAGCAGGUCUCCAUCAUCGGGGGUCCUCUCCUCACCGGCCUCGACCUGUUGCAGAACUGGUUCACUGGGACUGCCCAUAGUCUGUUCCAGAUAAAACGUCAGCUAGACAAGCUUGGGGAGCUGGUCGUCAAGGUAACGUACGAGGGUGACCCCAUCCCACUACAGACCCCCCACAUGGCUGAGACGGUCAGGUGCCUCGUCUACCUCGUCAUCAAGAGCUCGUUUGUGGUUGAGGUGCAGCCGUGCAUGCCCACUCACCCUCAGCGUUCCCUAAUCAUCAAGACCGGUGUGCAGUUCACCACCAAAGUCAGACUCCUGGUUAAACUUCCUGAGGUGGACUACCAGUUGAAAGUGAAAACAACUUUUGAUAAGGACCUACCACCCGGCAGACUAAACCGUCAGUUUUUCAUCCUGACCAACAGCACUAAGGCCAUGGACGUAGAGGACUCGGCCAAUGGCUGCCUCUCGGUGGAGUUCAGACACCUGCAGCUUAAAGAGAAAAAGUACAUCAAUGGUGCGAAGGGGAAUGAGGGCCUCCUCAGUGUGACGGAGGAACUCCACUCUCUGAGUUUCGAAGCUCACUUCAUGGUUCUGGGCCUCGCUAUCGACCUGGAGACAACUUCGCUGCCCCUAGUGGUAAUCUCCAACGUCAGCCAGCUGCCUGCCGGCUGGGCCUCGGUCAUGUGGUACAACCUUCUGACGGACGAACCCAGGAACCUAGGUUACUUUGGUAACCCUCCCCGGGCCAGCUGGAGUCAGCUGUCUGAGGUGCUGAGCUGGCAGUUCUCCAGCUUUGCAGGCAGAGGGCUCAACCCUGACCAGCUCCUCAUGCUGGGGGAGAAACUCCUUGGUCCAGGCAACUCCUCCGGUGACAUCCAGGUGUCUUGGUCUAAGUUCUCCAAGGAGAAUAUCCCAGGAAAGGCCUUCAGCUUCUGGAUCUGGCUGGAGUCCAUCUUGGAGCUAAUUAGGAAACACUUACUGCCCGUCUGGAACGACAAUUACAUCAUGGGCUUCGUGAGCAAGGAGAAGGAGCGAGCCUUGCUCAAGGGCAAAGAGGGAGGGACCUUCCUGCUUCGCUUCAGUGAGAGCCACCUUGGAGGGAUCACCUUCACGUGGGUUGAGCAGGCAGACAAUGGGGAGUCAAACUUCACCUCCGUGGAGCCGUACACCAAGAGCCGCCUGAUAGCCCUGCCGUUCGCCGACAUCCUCAGGAAUUACAAGGUGAUCUCGGAGGGCUUGGUGACCGACAACCCCCUCAAGUUCCUGUACCCCAACAUCCCCAAAGACGAGGCCUUCAGCCGGUACUACAACAGCCCCCAGAGCAAAGUCCAUCCAUACCUGUCUGCCAAUCUGAUCCCCAUCUCUGAGCUACCGUCCAACGGGAGCGUACCGCUGACACACUGCUCAUCCCCUGAGCCCCCCAUGAGUCCAGGGGUGUUCCAAAUGCUGCACCAGCAGCUGUGCUUCGACACAAUGAGCCCACCGUAUUCAGAGUGAAGACCACCUGAAAUCCUUCCUGUAUAAAGUUUCAACAUACUGAAUCUAGAAAAGACCUCGGAAUUAACAGAUUAUGACCUAGCAACGACCAGAUACCCGCUUCCAAUUGAAUGUCCCGAAGCCCAGGAUUGUAUUUUUGUAUUAGAAAUAACUACUUUUACUAUUUUUUAUUCUACCUAUCUAUAUCUUUCAAAUGCACAUUGUUGUUGCACCUAUGUCCCUUUUGUUGUUGCACAUAUGUUAUAAAUGAAAAAAUAAAAACAUAUAUACAUUUGGAGUGUUUAUGGUGAAACAGCUGUGGUUAUUUAGUCAUUAACACAAUAUGCAUAUUAACGUUUUCUUCUUUCUUUUUGAUACACCAAAUCAAUAACGUUCUUAGUAUGGCUUAAUAUGUAUAUGUGUUGUGUUUUUUAUGUUUUGUUGAUUGGAAAUCAAAGCACAUGUUUUUGUCAUAUGCCACUGACUUGAUAAGGGUGUCCAAAAAUAUGGUCCAUAAUGUGAGUGCCAACAAGUGUGCGCGGUGUGAGGUGGAGUCGCAGCCACCUCUCCUCCUCCUCACAGAUCACUAGAAUCACGACAUGACAGAAAUGAGUCACGAAUAAAAACUCAUGUUGUAAA